AUGUUAAGUGCGAAACUACGCUUUCUACGUGGAUUGGCUCCUGUCAGCUUUGAUGACUCUAUUCUCCAAUGUUCUACCUUACAAAAUAAGUAUGAAGUACCGAAAAAUCUGCAGUCAAGUUUUGUUACCCCAGAAAAAUUAUAUUCUCGACAUUUGCUACACUUACAGGAUGCAUAUCUCAAUAGAUUUCCAUUCACUAUUGCUAAUCCCGCUGUUACCGAACUAGUCUCUUGUAAGGACUCUACUUUCGUGUGUCGUAACAAGCCCAUAGAAACAAAAAAUCAAAGUUGUCAGACUGAAACACUUGAUACCGAAACAAACUUAGAAGCUUUAUCUACAAAAGUAGACCAAAUCUUUCACAAGUUAAACUGUCAUGCACUGAAAUCUAUUUCAGAAAGCAAGAUAAAACACUUCCCCAAAUUGUGGUUGGAUUUAGGGGAAUUAAACUAUUCACCAGCGCAGUAUAAUCUAGGUGUAUGGUACGAAAAGCAAGCAUCUGAGUGCCUGUCUCUUCAGGAUGGUCUGAAGCGACAUUAUAACAAACAAGCGGGUCAUUGGUACAGUUGUGCUGUUCGGGGAGAUUCCCAUCCACUGGCUGCCUAUAAUUUAGCAUGUCUUAUUCUGGAUUCUGAAGAGCCCAUAAUCCAUUCGAACUCGUCAGAUAAACCUUCCACAUUUACAGUCACAAAUCUAAUGAAACUGGCCGCUGAUGGUAAUGUCAAACAGGCAAAGAAAUACUUAUCGGAACAAUGUAUUACAAAAACAUAG